AUGGUCCAAUUCACUUUCAACAUCGCAAAGUGCCCACUCAUCGACGUCAUGCUUGCGCCGUCCAAGUUCGGGUACAUAGCCACCAUUCUGCUUCUCGUUGCGCUUGCCUACAUCCGCCUACGGGUUGGAUCGUUCUCCGCCGUCGCCCAAUCCUUCAAGAGCAUGAUGGAAAACCUAUCCAUCGUCUUCAUCUUGCUCCUUGCCGUUGUUUCGUACAGCCCGAUGAUGCUGACGCCCAUGGGCGCAGAAAUUGGGUUCGACCUCAUCACCUUCCCUCUAUUGGUUAUAACGAUGCUCGCCGUCCAUGCAUUUGCCUCAUUGACGGGCUUGUUGGUAAUUACUCUCUUGGUAACUUGGCCAUUGGUCGUUAUUGCCAUCGUACUCAAGACAGUCUGGCUUGUCUUUCGACUGUGCAGCCGCUUGUGUGAAGCCUUGCGAUACCUCCACCAGCUAUACCAAGAGAUCUCACUCCGGCUAUUUAACUGGCUCCAAGGCAACACUCGCGGGACUGCCGUAUCCUAUAUCAAGGAUCAGUGGACUGGAAACCUUUUCGCAGGCUUUGGGGUUGUACCCAUCGCGGCUACUUACCUUGCUCUCUACAUCGUCACAGUAAUAUCUAUCCGGGUGUUCGAGCGGGCGCCGACAUACACUCCUAUGGGGCCGCCGACAACGUCCACUGACUUCACCUGUGGUUACUAUGGAAGUGGUCUCGGUAGUUCCGGCUGGUGCAGUAAACAUUAG